UAUUUUUGCAAAUUAUCUAACGAUGAAAACGACCAUGAAUUUGGCACCGGAGGUGACCGGGGCUUCACUGGCCGACAACAGGCAGCCAUCCCGGGAACAGCACCCGAUCAUUGCCGAAGAGGACAACAACGAUAGCCUACCCAACGGCGGGCCACAUAUGGUGGCCAAUAAUAACGACAAGAAUAUUCUGGAAAAUAAUUUGUCUAACAAUACGGACAACAAGAAUAAUAACACAAGUGAUUUGUAUCAUAAGAACGAUGUGUUUAAUAGUAGCGAUAGUAUUAAGAAUCGUAAAAAAUAUUCUGCGGACACUGACUGCCCUCAUAGCCCCGAACAGUGCCGUAACCUGAGCUACGAUAACCCGGCCUAUAUCGGCCUUAGCAUUAACCAUGUGAACCAUCAUAACAGGGCCGGUAGUCUGACGGCCCCUCCGACUAACAUAUCUAUACACAUAUCUAAUACUGUUUUGGGACCGACAGUACCCCCAACACCACCACCCGUGGCCUUCAUAGACAGUAACGGUUCGGUGGCGUCCAUCGGGUGCGACAGUUACGGCCGUCCGGUGCCCUCCCGGGAGCGGACAAUGAGUGUUUCGUCCGUGAAGAGUGUCCGCAUGAUGUUGACGCCCGACCGGCGCUACUCCCGGCGCCAGUCUAUGCUUCAGCGCAAGAUUGACGCUCACGAACGCAGUCAUGACAGGAGUUCAGGAGGAGGUGGUCCCGGAUCUAGUGGUGCCGAUGAUCCGGACAACGAGUCCAACCCUCUGCGCCGUCGCAUGUCAUUCAUUAAGGACACGUCCGGCGAAGAGCCCCUCAAUCGGGCCUUAAUUCAGAUACUCAUCGCAUCGCUGUUUGCCGGUUUUGGUAAUGUGGGCGCCGGUGUAGUCAUUAACAUCAUACAGGGGUGGCGAGUGUUCAUUGAUAUACACAGUAUGUUUGUGUUGAUACCGUCCCUAUUGGGCCUUAAGGGCAACUUGGAAAUGACCAUGGCCAGCCGACUGUCCACCGAGGCCAAUCUGGGCCACAUGAACAAGUGGGGCAAGACAUUGCGCAUGAUCGGUGGAGAUAUGAGCUUGGUCCAGUGUCAGGCCACUGUUGUUUCAUUUAUGGCCGCAUUUGUGGCCAUUUUGAUUGACUUCAUUCAGACCAAAAACUUUAACCUUAAUAACAGUCUUGUGCUCAUCUCCAGCGCUGUUGUCACCGCCAAUAUCGCCUGUUUUUUGCUUGGAUUGGUUAUGGCAUUUGUCAUUAUUUUUUCCAAUAGAGUCAAUAUUGAUCCGGACAAUAUCGCGACACCAAUAGCCGCAUCGCUGGGCGACGUGUCCACUGCCGCCAUAUUUGCGUACACUUCGCAAAUCAUAUACUCGGAAAUCCAAGACUGGACGGGCGACCAAAAAUCGGGAGUACCUAUAAUGGCGGUGACGGGUAUUGUGGUGUUUCUCGUGUUAUUACCCGUAUUUUAUACGAUAGCCCGAGUAAACAAUUUCACCCGCAAUCUGGUGCACACCGGGUGGUUCCCAGUGCUGUGUGCCAUGUGCAUUUCCAGCGGCGGUGGUUUCUUCCUGGACUCGGCGGUUGACAGAUAUGAUAAGUUACCCCCAUUUCAGCCCGUGAUAUGCGGUGUUGGCGGCAAUUUGGUGGCCGUCGCCGCCAGUAAGAUCAGCACCCGAUUGCAUAUGAACCAGAAGUUGGGUGUAUUGCCGUUUGGUGUGAGUAGGGUCAGUUCGCCCAUUGGCGUGUUUUUUAAUCGUAGAGUACCGGAUAAAAUGUUGGCCAUGGUGGUGGUGGCAAUGAACGUGGUAUUAGUGGUGGUGUCGGGCAGUGCGGCGUUGGGGUCGCCAAUGCUCUGCAAUAACCCAAAGCACACUAAUAGGAAAGCGGAGCCCAAGAGGUCUCCGAGUGAUGUCAACAAUGGUAUGGCAGACAUAUCCGGGUUAAUACUGAACGACCACAACAAG